AUGCCUGCUCGCCUUCGCUCUCUUACGCAAGGCAAUUCCGCUCUCGCAUCUUCGCAAGAAGCUGGGAGCCUGACAGACAGACCAUCCUCUCCACAAGUCCAUUUGAAUUAUGAGGAUGAGAACGCUAUUGCUGAGAUACAUCGCACCCUCACCGAGAAGGGUCAUGCCUACUCGGAGCCACAUUCUUCGUUCGACAGGUUCCUAGAAACGGAACAUCAAGCCGGAAGAAAAAGGCCCAACGUUGGGGUUUGUUUCCAAUCGCUUUCCACAUGGGGGACUGGAGGGGAGCAUGUCAAUGUCAAGACGCUGGGCACCGCUUUGUGGCGCACUCUCACCUUCCAGGAUGUGUACGAGUGGACGAUCAAGCCCUGGAUGCGAAAGCCCAAGCCUCAGAGCGGGCGUCAUCUGAUUCGGGACUUUGAUGGGGUAGUUCGGAGUGGUGAGAUUAUGCUCGUUCUAGGACGGCCGGGCGCCGGCUGCACAACCUUUCUGCGGACGAUUGCCGGCCACCACUCAUCAUUUCUGGGAGUGACAGGUUCCAUCGAUUACUCGGGCCUCAGCUUAGAGGAUGUUAAAAAGUACUAUCGUGGCCAGGUUGCUUAUGUUCCGGAAAAUGAUGUUCAUUUUCCCACACUCAACGUUCGACAAACACUAGAGUUUGCACUCCAGAGCAAAACCCCCAAAAGAUACCAUGACAAAAUUCCUCGCUAUCUUGAGAUAUAUGGGAGAGUGUUUGGGAUGUCACAUACAAUGGACACCUUGGUUGGAAAUGAAUAUAUCCGGGGAGUUUCGGGAGGCGAACGAAAACGCAUUUCGAUCAUCGAGUCCCUGGCGACUGAUUCCUCAGUAAUGUGCUGGGAUAACUCAACGCGGGGGCUUGAUGCCUCAUCUGCUCUGGACUAUGCACGAAGCUUGCGGAUCAUGACUGACACCUGCGGUAAAGCCACGCUGAUGACAUUGUACCAAGCAUCUGAUGCUAUAUACGACUUGGUCGAUAAGGUUCUGCUUAUUGACGAAGGGCGGAUGCUCUAUCAGGGACCCGCACGCGAAGCGAAGGCAUAUUUCCAAGAAUUAGGCUACGAAUGCGGUGAAAUGCAGACAGUGUCUGAUUUCUUGUCCAGUAUUACUGUUCCGGAAAAGAGGAGGUUUAAAGCGGGUUGGGAACACCGUGCGCCAAAGGGUCCGAUUGAACUCGAACAAACUUUUCGAAAAAGCGCCGCCUUCUCGAAAAUACAACAACAAGUACUUGCAUACGGUGACGAAAGAAUUGGUGGAAAAGGUCGUCCAGGAUCCCAAGCUGAUACGGAUUAUGGAAGCUUGGAUGAAUUUAAGAACGCUCUUCAGAUCGACAAAUCUCGAUUCGCCUCGUCCAGUUCCCCGUAUACCAUUUCUCUUUUUCGGCAAGUGGCACUGUGUGCAAAGCGUCAGAUUUGGCAGAUUAAAGGCCACUUAUCCCCACUCUACAUCAAACUUCUCUCAUGUGUGGUUUACGGGCUUCUUAUCGGUUCCAUGUUCUAUGACCAGCCGCAGUCGACGGAUGGAAUGUACUCUCGCGGCGGUGUGCUCUUCUAUUCAUCCAUUCUCCUCGCCUGGCUUCAAAUGUCUGAACUGGAGGAAGCAAUGCAAGGACGAGAUAUCCUCAGUCGCCAAAAGAAGUUUGCGUUUGUUCGACCUAGUGCAGUGUGUCUCGCGCGAGUAAUCGCAGACAUCUUUGUAGCUGCAAUUCUUAGUUUCCUUUACUUGAUUGUGGUCUAUUUCUUAUCUGGUCUCAAGUCUGAUGCUGGAGCGUUUUUCAUUGACUUUUUAUUCAUCUAUAUGUGUACAAUAUGCCUCACAGCUCAAUUCCGAUUAUUUGCCGCUGCGUCGUCGAAUUUCGAGGUAGCGCUUCGUUAUACCGGAUUCGUUGUUAUGCUUUGUGUUGUGUUUGGAGGCUAUGUACUCUCGGUGGACAAGAUGAUCGCCGAUGUUCCCUGGGUUGGAUGGAUUGCGUAUGCUACACCAGCACUAUACACAUACGAAUCGAUGAUGGCUGCCGAAUUCCAUAACACCGAUUUCACCUGUGCUGAAGGGUCAGUCGUCCCGUCAGGACCAGGGUACACGGAUAUUGCCUACCAGACGUGCGGUUACGCAGGAAGUCAAAUAGGUACAACCAUCGUCAACGGUGAUGUUUACCUUGCAGAGAAGUACGGAUUCUAUUUCAGCCACGUUUGGCGUAACUUUGGAAUCCUUUGGCUUUUCACCGUGACUUUCGUUGUUGGUACAUGCAUUCUCAGCGAGAUAAUGGAGUGGGAGCCUGGCAACGCCGGACCAAUCGAGUACAAGAAAUCUCGAACCCGGUCAAAGAUGUCUACGAACGUCAGUGAUGAGGAAACUCGCCCUGUACAGGUUGAUGAAACAGCACCGGCCCCGUCUGGCCUUGAUAGCGAGUCUUCACAGGUCCUUACUGCAACCAAGUCUACCUUCACAUGGGAUAACUUGGAGCUUUUCGUCGAUGUUGGGAAGGAGAAACGCAAGUUGCUAGAUGGCGUCAGCGGAUACUGUAAACCCGGAACAUUGACUGCUUUAGUGGGGGCUUCUGGAGCUGGGAAAUCAACAUUAUUGACUGCGCUCACCCAGAGGCAAAGCUCUGGCGAAAUCACGGGAACAAUGUACGUUGAUGGGAAGCCCAUUGACUCUUCGUUCAAAUCUCGAAUCGGUUAUUGUGAACAGAUGGACAUCCACGACGAGAGCAGCACUAUUCGUGAAGCUUUCGAGUUCUCUGCGCUGCUUCGCCAAGAUUCAACUGUGCCAGAUCAUGAAAAGCUGGCCUAUGCGACAACGGUUCUGACGACAUUAGACUUGGCGGACCUUCAAAACGCGAUCAUCGGCUCAUUAGAUAUUGAGAAGAAAAAGCGUGUCACUAUAGGCGUCGAGCUGUGCGCAAGACCUGAGAUGCUAUUGUUCCUGGACGAGCCCACCAGUGGUCUAGAUAGCCAGGCUGCGUCGAGUAUUUGUGCACUGCUAAGACGACUUGCUGACCAAGGAUUGGCCAUACUUUGCACCAUUCAUCAGGCAAACCAGGAGCAGUUUGAACUCUUUGACAGAGUUUUGGCCUUGAGUCCUGGUGGUAAGACCUACUACUUCGGAGAAGUAGGACAAGGUGGCUGCUUCAUUUUCGAGUAUUUCAUGAAAAAUGGACAAAAUCUGGAAAAUAUCACCAACGCCGCGGAUUAUAUCAUUGAGGUUGUUGUUGGUGGCACAAAAAAAGCGUCGAACAAUCUGGAUUGGGCUGCCACCUGGAGCGAGUCAGUCGAAGCCAAGAAUGUUCAGCAAGAGAUCUCCGAAAUCAGGGCCCAGAACGAGGAGACCUGGGACUCUGAUGUGAAUCAAAUGCAAAACACGCCCCCAAUCUCUCGCCAGAUUUUCUUCCUGACCCAGAGAACAAUGCGGCAAUUCUGGAGAAGUCCAGAGUAUCCAUACUCUCGACUUUAUGCCUCGUUCCUUCACGCAUUGAUCAACGGUCUCACCUACCUACAGAUCGGAAACAGCACAACAGACUUACAGUCUAAAGCUUUCUCAUGCUUCUUAGUACUGAUGUUAGUCCCGGAAUUCAUAAACGCCAUUUCUAUGAGAUUUAUCAUGAAUCGUGACUUGUGGGUGGCCCGAGAAGGCCCAAGCGGAGCAUACGGAUGGGUCGCAUUCUGCACUGCACAAAUUGUGUCUGAGAUCCCAUAUGCGAUCAUUAGUGCAGUGGUUUUCUUCGUAUUAUAUUAUUUUACUGUUGGACUUCCCUUGGGAUUUGCUGCGGGGUACACCUUCCUGAUGUUUUCCUUGUUCUUUUUGUUUGCUACGUCCUGGGGUCAGUGGAUUGCUGCUUUGAGUGCCGACUCGAUGGUAGCAGCGACCCUGAUGCCAUUUUUCAUUAUCAUGUGCGAGUUGUUCAACGGUAUUCUGCAGCCACACCAGAACAUGCCUGCGUUCUGGGCAUACACAAUGUACUACGUCACGCCAUUUACCUACUGGAUUGGGGGAGUUCUGACUUCUGUUCUUCGUGGUGUACCUGUCAUUUGCAACGAGAGCGAAUUAACCCUCUUCGAAAGCCCUCCUAGUAUGACUUGCGGCGAAUAUGCUGGACCGUGGCUCGUUGAACACGGUGUUGGAUAUCUCUCUAACCCAGAUGGCGAGGGAAAGUGCGGAUACUGCGAGUACAGUUACGGUGAUGAUUACUUAUCGGGAAUUGGUCUUGAUUCAUCCAAAAUUUGGCCCUACUUUGGCAUUUUUGUGGCGUUUGUGAUAUCCAAUUAUCUCAUGGUCUAUCUUCUUGUUUAUGUUCGGUCGGUGAUGAAGCCAUUCUGGCGGCGUACAUAG